AUGAUGUGUCCUCCGACUGCUGGAGGACCUGGAGGGAAGACUGGCAAUAAAGCAUCUAAACAAGUUCCAGGGAUAGGUGUACCUGGGCUCUAUCAAGGUGGAUUUGUACCUGGCCAAGGUUUUGGAGGCCGUGGGGUUCUACCUGGAGUGGCCACAGGAACUGGAGUUGGGCCUCAGACUGGGUCUGCACAACUCGGUCAGGGAGGUGUUGGACCAGGAGGAGCAGGCAAUGGUCGUGGACAGCAAAUGCCUGGGGUUUUUCAUGGUUACCCACUCAUAUCACCAAAAGCAGGAUCAGGGAAAACGAAGAAUCCAGCCAAACUUGCAGCUAAAUAUGGUGGAGCUGGAGCUGGUCAAGGAGGCGCUUUAGGGGGUGGGGCUGGAAGAUUCCCUGGGGGCGGAGCAGGAGCAACACCUGGAAUUGGAGGCGGACUUGGAACAGGAGGUGGGCCUGGAUUUGGAGGUGGCGGACCAGGAUUUGGAGUAGGAGUUGGAACAGGUGGCGGACCAGGAUUUGGAGGUGGAGUCGGAACAGGUGGCGGACCAGGAUUUGGAGGUGGAGUCGGAACAGGUGGCGGACCAGGAUUUGGAGGUGGAGUCGGAACAGGUGGCGGACCAGGAUUUGGAGGUGGAGUCGGAACAGGUGGCGGACCAGGAUUUGGAGGUGGAGUCGGAACAGGUGGCGGACCAGGAUUUGGAGGUGGAGUCGGAACAGGUGGCGGCCCAGGAUUUGGAGGUGGAGUCGGAACAGGUGGUGGACCAGGAUUUGGAACUGGUGGUGGGCCUGGAUUAGGUUACGGUCCUGGCUCGGCCAAAGCACGCAAAUAUGGUCAGACAGGCCUGGGAGGAGGGGGACCAGGUGGAGGAGCCGGAGUUGGCCUCGGCACAGGGCUGGGUACUGGCUUAGGGACUGGUGGACCGGGUGGCGGCUAUGGUUUUGGUCCAGGCGGCGCAGGCACUGGUACGAUUGGAGGUCUUGGAGGCAGAGGACCAGGGGGAGGAGCUGGAGUCGCCACAGGUGUAGGACCUGGUACUGGGGUCGGUUACGGGCCAGGUGGUGUCGGCACUGGGUCAGGUGGCCUUAUUCCUGGUGGUGCUGGAACUGGCCUGGGAGGAGCUGGUUACGGGCCUGGUAGAACUGGAUAUGGGCCAGGUGGUGCUGGAACUGGAUCAGGAGGACCUGGAACAGGACUUGGAACAGGACCUGGGGGUUAUGAUGCCAAUGCCAAAGCUCGUAAAUAUGGAAUGUUAAGUGGCGCACUAGGAGGUCCAGGUGGUACUGGUACUGGUUAUGGACCAGGCGGUGCGGGUUAUGGACCAGGUGGAUUCGGACCUGGGGGUGCCGGUACAGGUUAUGGACCUGGUGGCACUGGUACUGGUUAUGGACCUGGAGGAGGAGUUGUACCUGGUGGCACUGGUACUGGUUAUGGACCUGCGGGAGGAGUUGUACCUGGUGGCACUGGUACUGGUUAUGGACCAGGAGGAGUCGGACCUGGUGGAGCUGGUACAGGUUAUGGACCAGGAGGUGCUGGUACAGGUUAUGGACCUGCAGGAGGAGUCGUACCCGGUGGAGCUGGUACAGGUUAUGGACCUGCAGGAGGAGUCGUACCCGGUGGAGCUGGUACAGGUUAUGGACCUGCAGGGGGAGUCGUACCCGGUGGAGCUGGUACAGGUUAUGGACCUGCAGGGGGAGUCGUACCCGGUGGAGCUGGUACAGGUUAUGGACCUGGAGGGGGAGUCGUACCCGGUGGAGCUGGUACAGGUUAUGGACCUGCAGGGGGAGUCGUACCUGGUGGAGCUGGUACAGGUUAUGGACCUGGAGGUUAUGCUGGUGCCAAAGCCCGCAAAUAUGGUUUGCCUGGAGGGGCCGGAGGUGCACUGGGUACUGGAGGACUUGGGCUUGGAGUAGGAGGAGGCGUCCCCGGUAGAGGUGCACAAACAACAGGUGGUGGACCUGGAGCAGGAUUGGGAACUGGUGGUGGACCUGGCACUGGUGUUGUAACCGGAGGUGGACCAGGAGGCUUUGGGCCGGGCGGCGCUGGAGGAUAUCCUGGGGGAUCUCUCAUUUACGGGCUUCCUGGUGGUGGUGGAGCUCCAGGAUCUGGUCUGGAUGCAAGAUUUGGUGGCCCGGCAGCAGGUGGCUACGGCCCUGGGACUGGAGGAGCUCUAGGAACUGGAAGAACAGGAUAUGGACCCGGUGGCUAUGGACCUGGUGGAUAUGGAACUUUACCUGGUGCUGGUUAUGGACCUGGUGGAGGCUAUGGUACAGGACCAGGGGCUGGAUAUGGAACAGGAUAUGGACCUGGAUCAAAAGCUGCUAAAUACGGCUAUGGCACAGCUGGAUCUAAAGCCCCAAAGUAUGUGCAACCUGGUGGAGUUACACCCGGGGGAGCAGCGGGCACGGGUGUUGGAGGAGCAGCGGGCACGGGUGUUGGAGGAGCAGCGGGCACGGGUGUUGGAGGAGCAGCCACGGGGAACGGCACUGGUGUUUCAGCGAAUGGCACCGGCACUAGCGGCGGUGCAAGGACAACAUCUGGGCCCAGUGGAGGACCUGGGGGUGAAAGAGGUGCUGGAGGAACACCAUCUCCCACACCAGAAGGCGAUGGUGCCACUGGCAGCGUGAUAGAGGGUUCUGGAAGCACUGGAGAAGGAGGUGUGGCUGGCAGACCAGUGGACGGUGGCGCUCGAGAUGGGCUGAGUGGAACGGGAAUCCCCAUCAUUGGAGCGAAACCAGCAAUCAAUGGGACCGACGUACCAGGUUCUGUUGAUGAUCUCUCAAGAGGAACACUGCCUGGAGCCAAACCUCUCAAACCUCCAGGUGUACCCAGAGGUGACACACCAGGUGAAGGAGAUGGAGAGGGAGGCCCUGAUGGUGAGAGAGACGGUUCAAGAGGCACUGGCAUAGGAGUUGGAGGGGGUCCUACUAGUGUAGGAGGAGCAGGUGGGGUUUCAGGUAGUGGAACUGGAGUUGGACCAAGUAACGCAACUGGUGGAGUAGGAGGAACACUAAAACCACUCAAAGCUGAUGGGACUGCUGCAGGGGGUGGACCUGGUGGAGUCAGUACUGUCAUAGGAGUUAGAGGUGGUCCCACUGGUGUUGGAGCUGCAUCUGGAGGAGUUGGAGGUGGUCCUGGAGGAGCAGGGUUGGUUCCUGGAGUAGGAGCAGGAACUCUUAAACCUGGAAAAAGCUACGGUGCUGGUGGAGCUGGAGUUUUGCCAGGUGGAGGAUUACGUUAUCCAGUUGGAGCUGGAGUUGGAACAGGAAAAGCAAGCAAAGCAUAUGGAGCUCUGGGAGGCGGAGGCCAGGUUGGACCCGGCGGUUAUGGAGUUGGGCCAGGAGGUUAUGGAGCCGGACCUGGUGGAUAUGGAGCCGGACCUGGCGGAUAUGGAGCCGGACCUGGAGGAUAUGGAGCUGGACCUGGAGGCUAUGGAGGCAGAGGCAUUGGUGGUGUUGGUGGUCCUGGCGGAACUGGAACACUUGGGGUUGGAAUUGGUCCUGGAAGUGUAGGUGCAGGAGCCGGAGGUGGAGUGGGACCUGGUGGAGUCGGUGGAGGACUCGGGGGUUACGGUGGUGGUGUGGGUCCCGGUGGUUCCAGGUAUGGCACAGGUUCAGCUCUGGGUACUGGCAGUGGCAAACCACCAAAAAGUUAUGGAAUAAGGCCUGAUGGUACGCGGGUAGGACCUAGUGGCUAUGGGACUGGACCUGGUUUUGGGCCUGGUGCUGGUAGUUAUGGACCUGGUAGCUCUGUACCAGGUGGUUAUGGACCAGGUGGUGUUGGCACAGGACCAGGUGGUUAUGGACCAGGUGGUGUUGGCACCGGACCAGGUGGUGUUGGCACAGGACCAGGUGGUUAUGGACCAGGUGGUGUUGGCACCGGACCAGGUGGUGUUGGCACAGGACCAGGUGGUGUUGGCACAGGACCAGGUGGUUAUGGACCAGGUGGUGUUGGCACAGGACCAGGUGGUUAUGGACCAGGUGGUGUUGGCACUGGACCAGGUGGUGUUGGCACAGGACCAGGCAGCUAUGGAGCUGGUGGAUCAGGGGGCAUUCCUGGUGUAUAUACUGCUGGAGGUCAAGGACUAGGAAAGGCAAGAAAACCAUCCAAAUCAGGAACUUUACUUGGUGGAACAGGCACUGGACCUGGCAGGUAUGGGCCUGGUGGUUUUGGGCCUGGAGGCACAGGCACAGGAACAGGUGGCUUCGGACCAGGAGGUACUGGCACAGGAGGCUACGGACCAGGCGGCACCGGCACAGGAACAGGUUUCAGACCAGGUGGCACAGGAACAGGAGGUGCCGGCGCAGGAACAGGUUUCGGACCAGGUGGCACAGGAACAGGUUUCGGACCAGGAGGCGCCGGCACAGGAACAGGAUUCGGACCAGGAGGCGCCGGCACAGGAACUGGUUUCGGACCAGGAGGCGUCGGCACAGGAACAGGUUUCGGACCAGGAGGCGCUGGCACAGGAACAGGAUUCGGACCAGGAGGCGCCGGCACAGGAACUGGUUUCGGACCAGGAGGCGCUGGCACAGGAACAGGUUUCGGACCAGGAGGAGCCAGCACAGGAACAGGUUUCGGACCAGGAGGCGCCGGCAUAGGAACAGGUUUCGGACCAGGAGGUGCCGGCACAGGAACAGGGGGGCAAGGAUUAGGAAAAAGAAAACCUGCUAAAUCUGGUUAUGGAGGAGCAGGGUAUGGUACAGCAGGGGUAUUAGGAGGAGGUGCAGGAGUGGGCCCUGGUGGAACUGGAACAGGCCCCUAUGGUUACGGGCCAGGGGGUGCUGGACCUGGUGGUGCUGGAACUGGUGGUUACGGACCUGGUAGAGCUGGACCUGGUGGUUACGGACCCGGUGGGGCCGGAAUUGGUGGUUACGGACCCGGUGGGGCCGGAACUGGUGGUUACGGACCCGGUGGUUAUGGACCUGGUGGUGCUGGACCUGGUGGUUAUGGACCUGGUGGUGCUGGACCUGGUGGUUAUGGCCCAGUUAGCACUGGAACUGGGCAGGGGGGGGUUGGAUUUGGGCCCAGUGGACAAGCAAUUGGGUCAAGGAAACCUUCUAAAUCUGGUUAUGGCUCACAGUUGGGUGGAUCCAGCUACGGACCAGGUGUUGGAGGAGGAAGGAUUCCUAGUGCAGGGACAGGCAGUGUCGCUGGAGGCGGCACAGGCAUCGGAGGAGCUGGAGGACCUGCAGGAGCAGGUCAGGGAGCAGGAGGAGUCGGCAGCGUACCAGCAGGGGGAGUCGGCCCCGGCUAUGUUGGGGGAGCUGGUGGAGGAUAUUCAGGAUAUACAGGGGCCGGGCAAAAAUCCAAAGCACAGAAGGCGGCCAAAUAUGCAGCCAUGCAGGCCUUACUAGGAUCUAGCGGCUACAGAGGUGCCAGCUGUCAGGGCAGCUACUGUGGCCGGAGGAGGAAGUGAGAGACCAGCAGACAGGAAGUGACCUCAUUAAAAAAACAACAGUGGUGCUACUGCAUGAUCCCAGAUUGUAAAUGUCUAACCUGCCAUAGAAGCCAAAAGCUUCAAUACACUACACUUUACCUUUCAUUUUGCUUUAGAACGUAGGCAAGUCUUUUUUUUAUUUUUAUUUUUUAUUUCAAGUACAGCAGUUCUCAGCCCGUGAGAGUCAGGGAUACUGACGGACAAGGCACGAGGUGAAAUGAAAUGAAGAAAAUGUUUAUUUGUAGUGUUCAUAGGAUCAAAAAUAUUCACAAUUUUACAAGAAUAAGGUUUUUUUACCGUAAAUAAAUAAAUCACCUCAUGACUCUCUAGGCAUCCUGACUAGCAGGCUGAGAACCACUGAGGUAAAUACAAACAAAGACUUUGAUUUUAAUUUUAUGACCAAGAUGUGCUAUAAUACAGUUUUUUCUUAUUGCUGUUGCGUUGAACAUCAUUGGUGUUCCCGAGUCACCCUAAAUCCUCUGGAUGAAGAACAAGGACUCCCUCAGGGAAGCUCCUUUCAGAGUGUUUUUUUUUUUGUUUUCUUUAGGGUCUGAAAAGAGUGUUUCAUGAAUUUCGCCGUUUAUGAAACUUGUCAUUCAAGACAAAAACAGGUGGCUGCUAUUUUUGCGCUGGUCUCAGCAGAAUCACCAGGUCGCGGAGGCCGCAGGUUCUUCGUGUGUGUGAAAUUCACACACACACACACACACACGCCCUUCACAACACUGAAAGCACUGUUUUAUAGCUACAAAAACAUACACAUUUUUACAUGAUUGAAUGGACGUGUUUCCGUCAUAUUCCGAUGUGGCUUAGAUAAGAUAUUUUUAAAGAUCUAAGGAGCUUUGAUUACUGCGUCCUCUUUUAUUACUUUCUUUAACACUGUUGGAAAUUGUUCACGUUUACAAGUUAUUUUAAAUUAUGCUGACGAGGAAAAAAAAGCAGAAAGCGGCUACGCUCUUUUCCUUAUUUAGUCGUAUUUUACAAAUUCAAAUAAGUGCAUAGUUGAACGUUCUAGUUAAUUUGUGUGUCGUGUUCAUGAUAAAUACAAUUGCCUUGUUGUCUACGUUGUCAUUGGAUGUGUGCUGAAUUACACUGUACUUUCUAUUAUAGUUCAGAUAAAACAGUGUAAGUGACUCUUCUGUAGCUUAACAUGUGUUUUAAUAUCUGUGUUGUUGUUUUUUUGUGUUCAUGUGGCCUAUGAAAGAAAAUGGUGCACCUUUGUACACUUUCCGAAAAAGCUAAUAAAGGAUAAAAAAUGUUUUUAA